CAAUCAUAAAUAAGCGCCUAUCGAAAUAUCGAUACAAUAUCAACAUCCCCACACAGUUUAGUUGUAGUAUUAUAAAUAUAACCCAAGCGCUUAAUGCAGCUUAAACAGAAGCCAGCCGCUUCAACCGCUGGUCGCUAGUCAAGUGCUUCAAGGAAACGAAUAUGUAAAUACUCUAUUCAGGGCCCCCACUCGAAUUCAGCCGCAACAACAAAGCGAAUUAGAGUCCGCGACGAAGAAGAAGAGAGUGCGUGAGAGAAACGACAGCUGCUGGCCGUGUGUUGGUGCAGGAUAACAAAUACAAAACAUACAAUAACAACAAAGCAGUGUCCAAAGUGCCAAACGAAUUUGCCAAAAAAAAGAAAAGAAAAAAGUUAACCAAUUAACCCAAACGGUCCAAAGCCCAGUUCGUUCAUCAAGUUCCAAUGCAAAGACCAUGUGCAUAAAUGAAGAGCUACAGCCAAUUUAAUUUAAACGCCGCCGUCGCCCCGCCCGCCAUUGCCUACGAUAACGCAGCCGCAGCCGCCGCAGCAGCAGCAGUUGCUCAGUCACUUAAUCAAGGCUCGCCCCUUGAUCACAGCCAUCACCAGCAGCAGCAGCGCCAGGACAUGCCGCACUUUGGACUUGGCACUGGUCCGCAGCCGCCGCCACCGCCUCAGCAGCUACAAGUGCACCACCAGCAGCAGCAGCAACAGCAGCAACAACAGCAGCAGCAGCAACAUCAACAACAGUUGCAAAUGUCCAUGCUGCCAGGUCCAUACCGGCCGCACAUUGAGGAAAAGAAACUGACCCGAGAUGCCAUGGAGAAGUACAUGCGGGAGCGCAACGAUAUGGUCAUCGUGAUACUUCAUGCCAAGGUGGCCCAAAAGUCCUAUGGCAACGAGAAGCGAUUCUUUUGCCCACCGCCUUGCAUCUAUCUGUUCGGCAGCGGCUGGCGGCGGCGUUAUGAGGAGAUGCUGCAGCAGGGCGAGGGAGAACAGGGGGCACAACUGUGCGCCUUUAUCGGCAUCGGUAGCAGCGACCAGGAUAUGCAGCAGCUGGAUCUCAAUGGCAAGCAGUAUUGCGCGGCCAAAACCCUGUUCAUCUCGGACUCGGACAAGAGGAAGCACUUUAUGCUGUCGGUGAAGAUGUUCUAUGGCAAUGGUCACGACAUCGGUGUCUUCAACUCAAAGAGAAUCAAGGUGAUAUCCAAGCCGUCCAAGAAGAAACAGUCGCUGAAGAAUGCCGAUCUGUGCAUAGCCAGCGGCACCAACGUUGCCCUGUUCAAUCGCCUGCGCUCCCAGACCGUGUCCACUCGGUAUCUUCAUGUGGAGAACGGACACUUCCAUGCCUCGUCCACUCAGUGGGGGGCAUUCACGAUACACCUGUUGGACGACAAUGAGUCCGAGUCGGAGGAGUUCCAGGUGCGCGAUGGCUACAUUCACUAUGGGGCCACCGUUAAGCUGGUUUGCUCGGUCACUGGAAUGGCCCUGCCGCGUCUUAUCAUCCGGAAGGUGGACAAGCAGAUGGCCCUGUUGGAGGCCGACGAUCCCGUUUCACAGCUGCACAAGUGUGCCUUCUAUAUGAAGGACACGGAUCGCAUGUAUUUGUGUCUGUCGCAGGAGAAGAUUAUCCAGUUCCAGGCCACUCCCUGUCCCAAGGAGCCCAACAAGGAGAUGAUCAACGACGGCGCCUGCUGGACAAUCAUAUCCACGGACAAGGCCGAAUACCAGUUCUACGAGGGCAUGGGUCCAGUGGCUUCCCCUGUCACGCCAGUGCCAAUAGUUAACUCACUGAAUCUUAAUGGCGGCGGCGAUGUGGCCAUGCUGGAGCUCAGUGGCGACAAUUUCACGCCCCAUCUGCAGGUGUGGUUCGGCGAUGUGGAGGCGGAGACCAUGUAUCGCUGCACGGAGACACUCUUGUGUGUCGUUCCCGAGAUUUCCCAGUUCCGUGGCGAAUGGCUUUGGGUGCGUCAGCCCACACAGGUACCAAUUUCGCUGGUGCGCAACGAUGGAAUUAUUUAUGCCACGGGACUGACCUUUACCUACACGCCAGAGCCUGGUCCGCGGCCCCAUUGUAAUAAUCAGACUACCGAGGAUGUGAUGCGGACACGGCACAAUAAUAAUAACAACAACAACAUCACUAGCAUUAGCAACAACAACAGCAGCAGCAGCAAUGCAGGUUCACCUGCCAGCGGCAGUAUGCAACAGCAGCAGCAGCACCAAACGCUGCCCUCAAUCUCAGAAGUGCAAUGGAAUAGUCACGGUAGCGGCUUGUCCUGAGUGCAGGACUAUUGCAUAAUCGCAUAUUUAUGUAUGAUAAGUUACUUAUAGUUUUUAUUAAAGUCCUUAGUUUGUAGAUUGAUGACAUUUCUCAUGCUAAUUUUCCGCCUCUCAUGAUCCUCUCUAUAAACCGAAUCAUCCUAUCUAAGAUAUAGACACGUAUCUAGUGCUAAUUCGGAACCAAUAAUUGUGUAAAUGCCAGAUUGCUCUGUACAUACAUAACUCGAAAGAAAGCUCACUGACACUGAUUUGUAAGUAUGUGCGAAUAUACCUACAGACAGCAUAUAAUUCUAGUUAAAUAUAUACAAAUUGAUAUAGAAGUCUAUAGACGAUUUUUUGUAGCAGCAUUUGAGAAAUAUUAAGGACUUUCGUUUGCUAUGAAUUUCCAAAAAGGCAGUCUGAAGAAUAUUAUAUCUUAAUUAAUGUAAAAUUUACCUACUUGAUAGAGCUUUUUUUAAUAUUUGAAAGAAAAAAACUUAAAAAAAACAAAAUUUCUAAACUUUAGAGAUCAAUUUGUAUUGAGAUCUUUAAUAUGGUCUUUUCAAAACCAAAACAAUCAAGACAAUUGAUUUUGAAAUCGAUUUUUUUCCAGCUCUAUACAGUAGGUAGCCAUGCUUAUAAAAACAUUCCAUGCUCCCUUUUUUAAAUGUAAUAUACCCAUGUAUGUUUAUUUCUGUAUAUAUUUACGGAGUUUACCAAUUAGAAAUUAAUAGAAAUUAAAAAAAAAAUGAAAAAGCUUACCUUUUAUUUUAAUUUAUCCAUUUCCUUUGGAAGUUCAUAGCACCUAUCGAAAUCGAAACAAGAGAUGAUUUUUAUUUCCUAAGAAAGCCUAAAUUAAAUAAAAAACAAGACCAAAAUCGGAAAAAAAUAUACAAAAA